UCAAAGAGAAGAUAAGUUACACAGUCGGGGCUGCUUCGUAUUGCAAGCCGACCUCUACGCGAUUCGCGCAAAUGCUCUUAUUAACGGCGUUCGUGUCUGAGAUGCGCUCGGCUUUGAGAAAAUGAAGAGGAGAAGAAGUUAUUGCAUUUAAGAAAACGCCGGGGUUGUCCUUUUACCGGACUUUACGUCGAAAAGCAGCGGCGUUUUUCCACCAGGUUCGGAUUCAAGUUUCGGUCCCCGGAGACCUGAAAUGAUGAAGCUUAAAUCGAACCAGACACGGACUUACGACGGGGACGGCUACAAGAAGCGGGCCGCUUGCCUCUGCUUCAGGAGUGAGAGCGAGGACGAGGUGUUGUUGGUGAGCAGUAGCCGACACCCGGAUAAGUGGAUCGUUCCCGGCGGGGGCAUGGAGCCGGAAGAGGAGCCCAACAUGGCCGCCGUUCGAGAGGUGUGCGAGGAGGCCGGAGUAAAGGGGACGUUGGGACGACUGGUGGGAAUAUUUGAGAACAGAGACAGGAAGCAUCGGACGUACGUCUACGUCCUCAUCGUAACCGAGGUCCUGGAAGACUGGGAGGACUCGCUCAAUAUCGGAAGAAAAAGGGAGUGGUUUAAAAUAGACGAUGCCAUUAAAGUCCUGGAGUGUCACAAGCCCGUGCAGGCCACCUAUUUUGGGGCCCUCCAGCAGGGGUGCAUGACUAGCAACGGGACCCCCUUGGUGGCCACGAUAGCCGAAGACCUGACCCCCGGCUACAGUAUCAACCAGAGCUCGGUUUCGGGUAUCAGAUAACUAGCGCACGCCGCCCGGACACUGCAGGGGUCCUCACCGCCGCCCUCCCGCUUGCUUACGCCGUUUUUGUUGUCUCCUGCAAGCGACAGACCCGCGGGCAGCCUUCGGUGCCGGGACAGGGGGGCGCAAGACGUUACCAGCUUGUUGUUGGUCGAAGAUUCUAGCAAAAAAAAAAAAAAAAAAGAAAAAGAAAAAAAAGAGAUACCCCUUUGUAAAUGUAAAGUUGGAUUUUUUUUUUCUUUUUAUCAAUAAUUGCAUGAAUUCCCCCCCCCCACCUCCCCCCGCCCCCACGUGCACCUUGUUUUUUUUCCUUCCAUCCCAACUUCUGCCCCCCCCACCCCCCCCCCCCCUUCCCCAGUCAUCCUAAACGUAAAGGUUUAUUGAAUACAAGAACUACUUUGUACUGUUGUGAUGUAAAGUGUAAAACGUAGUGCUUUAGCUCAAGGCUUUUCGAGAGUCUUUCAGUGUCUUUGUUUUGGUUACUUUUGUGGUGCGUGUGCACUCCUCCUCCCCCACCCCCACGCCCCUCAGAUAGGCGACAUUGUGCCAUUGGCUGAAUGGCAGGAAUUGUGGGAAAUGACUUGUUCUGCAUGAGCACUGGUGUUUAUUGGUUUUUAAUGUGGUUCGGGUGACGUGAUGUACCCCAGUGUGACUGUUUGGUUUCGCCCCGGCGUGACCGUGUCCCGGUUCCGGAGCUCCUUCGGUUCUGAUCGGCUCGCCGCUCUUUGGCGGGUUUUCCGGAAGCUGGGAGCCGACGUUUCUCGGUCCGCCCCAGACCAGGUGUGCGUCUCAUUUUUACUCGGUCUACACCUCUUGAUUGCGGGGCGCCCGUCUUGCCCAAAAUCUCCGCGCCCCGGGCCAGUGGCUCUGGUCCUUUUUACUUUUCUAAUAGAUUUGGUUUUGGGGUCGGUGACCGAGUAGAAUCUGGAACGUCAGCGUGGAGCGGAAUCAACAGUUAAAAUUCCGGAACUGAAAUCGAAACAUCAGUUUGCAUAAUAAUUUUUUUUUAGGCCUUAGAAUGUAAAUAGACUUGUGAAUUGGAAGAUCAAUACUAAAAGUGAACUAAAAUGGUUGAAGAGCAAACUAAUUGACCCCAAUCGCAUGUUUGUUUAAAAAAAACUUUUGUAUAGAAACUGUUUAACAUCCAGUAGCAGAAGUGAACUGGGAAAGAAAUAUCAUUUUGAGGAGAUGAGUAAAAAUGUCUGUCCAGCAAAGGGCCAUGAUGUAGACAAAGGGGACUCUAAAUUCCAAAGAAACAUACUAAGGAUUCGUGAGAGUUCAAAUGGCAAGCCAAGCCGAAAGGCUGAGAGACAGAACUGGACCAUCUUCACUAGCCCAGCAAACAUCUGGCUAACCUGAACAUCCUUCUCUUGAAUACCUUGAAGUGUUUCUUUGGCAUGUGCAGAACCCUUUGCACACAUCACUCCAGUCACCUGCGCAUGCAGUUCUUUUGGGACAGGUGUGCUCUUGUAGUUACUGUGUGGCUUUGGGCAAAUGAAAAUGUACCUGUUUUAAAAAAGGGUUGUGGGCACGACAGCCAUGGACGUAGAUCGCUGGGGGGAGGGGGGGAGGGGGAGGGGGGCAGAAAGGUGUGUACUGUUAAGCUGGGGCAGAGUGUGAGGCUUCUGAUAGAGCAGGGGAUGAUGGGAAGGUUAACCCCCACAUGGAGCUGUCUCUAUACCUGUCUGCAUUAUCGCGAUUUGCUGAUCCUUGUGUGCGUGCAUGCAUGCCUUCGUGUGACUGGCAGACGGAUUUCCACUCUUAAUGCAACCAGUCCCGCCCCAGUAGGGGGGGUGGAGAUGAAUUUGUCGGUUGUAAUACCACGUUGAAAGAACCUGGAUGUGUUUUUGUUAACUUUGCCUCUCAUGCGUCUGCCCUAAGAUCCGGUCCUUGCAUCCUGUUCCACCAUUUUGUUUUGGCCGAUAAGAAAUGUUUACGUUGUGCUAUGAACACUGCUUGAUCCUCUUCAAAACACUUGGGCACCUGUUCUUCUAGACUCUGUGUUCAAAGUUACUUUUCAACAAGGUCUUAAUGGAUCUUUUUCAGCUUUUUAAUGUGUACAUCUUGUUCUCCUUUUGUUGCCGGAGGGACCCUCCAAAUGCGUAAAUUACUUGCUUAACAUUGAGACUUAAAAACUUAAAAAGCUGUUUCUAACAAGGUGCAGGAUUUAAGGGGUCAAUCGCGUUGUGCUCAGCUGGAGUUUAAACCCCAAGGCCACGGAACUGUGACACAACUGGAUCGGCUAGUCCUUAUUUCACAGAUUUGGAUAGCUGCUCUAGUUGCAAUGCAGAUUAGUGGUCUAGAGGCUUAAACCUGAGGGUUCGAGCUCCAGCUCAGCGCACUGUAGUCGAACCCCCUGAUGUUCUCAGUUGAAACGACGGUGCUGAACGAUGCAGCAGGUGAAUGAUGCUAGCGGUAUGAACGCAGUUAGGGUGUUCGAGCUAGGCCUGCACUGCGUGGGCUCCCCUGUGGGUUAGGACGUUACCGAUGAGGCGUGGAAUCAGGCCCAGCUCCAGGGAAACCGCACCAACCCGCUAAGAUUUCUUUCGCUUUAGCCGCUGUUAUGAAUUUAAACCAGGGGUCCUCGACCUUAUCCAGAAAGGGCCGGUGUACAUGUAGGCUUGUAGGUACAUGUAGGUACAUGUAGUCUCAACCAAGCGGUAACACAUCUGAUUCUACUAAUUGAGGUUCUCAGCAAAGACUCUAGUGGUUGAUUAGUAGAAGCAGGUGUGUUACUGCUCGGUUGAGACAAAAGCCUGUACCCACACCGGCCCUUUCUGGAUAAGAUUGAGGACCCCUUAUUUAAACACUAAAUGAAGGAACCACCCUCACCCCCCGCCACCCCCUCCACCCCUCCCCCCUCUUGUGUGCGUGCCCCAAAUCCUCUCUGCCCGCUACGAAUGUCGCGAUCUGAACUCGACGCCUGUGUUUCAUUUCCGGUUCGUUCUCUCACCGCUUCGCAUCUUUCACCGGCCCCUGAAGACCAAUCAGAUCUUUCAGCGUUGACUAUGUCAGUCUCUGAAUUAGUCCCGAUUGGCCUGAAGGCGCUGCCGAUUCGGACGGGUUUGAGCUGGAAGCUCGAAGGCGGCGCGCCUUCCCGCCGGUGUCCGUCCCGGUUUCUCUCGGCCGACCCCGUUGCCUCUUCGGACGGGACGGCUGUAUCCAUCGCCCGUGGGCGAAUGGACGGUCGCGGGAUCGACGGGUCGGGGACGAAAUCCGCCGUUUAGUGUCGGGAAGCGGGACGAGUGAGCGAGAUCGCGGCGGCGGGGCCCGGUUUGCCGAAGCCUCGGGCAGCUCGGUGAGGUUCGUAAACGCAACGCAGCGUAGCGUAGCGUAGGCCUACCUUGCGUCUCCUCGGGCGUUUUUAGCUCGUGUUGUUUUGCGGUUGACUGAGCCGCCACGCUUUGCCCUUGAACACGGACGGGUUCGUUUGCGUUUGAAAAACACGGUGAGACCACAUGUAAUUUGCUCAGGGUUUUGUUUAGUUAGUGUGUUGUUUUGGUUGUUUUAGUUGUUUUUGUACUGGUAAGGCACAUAGUGAACAAAUCAAGCCAACGUUUGUUUUGGGGAACAGCGGUUGUAACACGUUUUACACAAAAACUUGGUGGACUGCUUUAAGGGCAUUGUCCCGGUCCCAUAGGCAGUGAGUUUAUUUGGUCAUGCAGUAUUGGAAUAGAAGGGGAUUAGCAAUGCCGACUCAGCGCCUUGUGUUUGCAGGAAAGUUUGAACCGCGCUAGUCUGGAACACCCUCCUCAAUGCUAAUUUUCAGUCACCAUCGCCCAAUGGUGGAGAUGCUUCUCUCUCUCUCUCUCUCCCUCUCCCCUCCCUCCCCCCUCCCUCUCUCCCCCCCCUUCCAACCCCGUACCCAUCUUAACCUCCUCUCCCUUAUCCCUCUCUUCCUUCUCAUCCCUCCCUCCCUCUCUCUGCAUCUCCAGCGAACAUCCAUUAACGUCCCAUGUUCCCUGCCCUUUGAGUGUCCAUUUUAAAGCGUCUCAGUGAGUGAGUGAGCAUUGCCAGGGUGUGUUGGGCUAGGCGUUUGGUCUGCCUGUUCUUCCAGGCCUAAUGGGUUCCAGAGACGUGUGGUAGUGUGCAAGUGGAAGCGGGGGGUGGGGGGGGAGUCAUACGUUCUGGUUCUAAUGUUUUAUUGGAGUCGUAACAUAUGGGUCAGGUCCAGUGCAUCUCAAGUUAAUCACAGUCGAAGAUAAUUCAAUUUCCAAGCGCAGGUUGUUGAAAGACACUGUUGAAAGGACACCUAGGGUAGUUUUUCAGAAAUGAAGUAUUUCCGCACAUUAAUUCAGCAUAACCCAACUUGGAACUGGUUUUAAUUUCAGUAAGGAAAGUAUUAAGGGGAAAGUGUUCAGUGCUGAUGUACCAAGUAUACACUAAAUAGCUCCUUACAAGGCUAAUUUUUAAAAGCUUGGAAUGUCCAAUAGGUUUUAUUUUCACUACAACCCUGUGUGCCUUCAUUGUGUUGUUUGUUCCCUAAGUACUAGUUCAUUUGCGUUUUAACAAAGGUGCAUUUUCUUGGCAUUUGAUGAAUAGUCUGAUUGGCUGGGAAUUGACUGCUAGUCUAGUAUUCAAACUGAACUUUCAGUCAGUCAAAGGACCUGCUAAUCUCAUCUGUUUUAAUCGUUUUUGUCAAGAAGGCCUUGAGUCUUACUGAUCCUUUGACUGCAGGGAGUAAUUAACCAAUUAACCGUUUCUGGAAAAAGGAGUACUGGCUAAAUUAAGGGUGGUUGUGCUCAAAAUCCUCUGAUUGCAUUGACAUGUUUGUUAUAUAUAUAUAUAUAUAUAUAAAUGUAUACCCGAUGUAUGACGGAUCUGCACUUGCCCCACUCAGUGCAAUGUCUCAUAAUCAGAUUCUAAGAAUGUGAACCGAAUCAAGAGAAAGUUGUGUAUGGAAAUGAAUGGGUGGGAAGUUCAAUGUAUAGAGUCACUAGUUAAUGAUGGCCGCUUGUUCUCCUAAGACCAGGGCUGUCCAACCCUGUUCCUGAUCUUCAGUCCUGUAAGCUUUUCAUUUCAAACCUCAUUUCACGCACCGGAUUGUACCAGUUAGCGAGAUGAGAUAUCUAGCUGUUGAAUGAGGUGUGCUUUGUUGGGGCUGGAGUGAAAACCUGCAGGACAGUAGAUCUCUAGCUGUUGAAUGAGGUGUGCUUUGUUGGGGCUGGAGUGAAAACCUACAGGAUGGUGGAUCUCCAGGAACAGGACUGGGUAACCGUGUGUUCCUGUGUACAUUUCAUUCUGUACAUUUCAUUGUGUUGCUGGAUGCAUUUCAGGCAUGUUUAGGAGGGUGCUGCCCCUCCCAUCUUCAGAGCCUUACCUGGGGAGAAGUGAAUCCUGUUCACUUUAGUCACACAGCCCCAUCUCGGUGUGGGGGCACUAAGACAGUUACGGAAGUUCAUUUCAAACUGCACGUUCACCCUUGCAGUCAUUUUCAAAACAAGGAAGUACCAGAUACAUCCAGCACUUUGACCCAACGUUAGUGCAAGGGGGGGGGGGAGGGAGAAGUGUGUGACUGGCUCCACCUAGUGUUGAGGCUUUGCAUCUGCACCAGACAGGACCAGAAUUUUGAAUGUAUUCUCAUUUCAAAGGAAUCUCUCCCCUCAGUAGGCUUCACUUCGAACGGUCUCUCCCCACGUCGACUCAUUUCAUUCAGUGGUUCCCUUCCCAGUAAACUACUGACCAGACUGUCAGACAGUUUUGGGUGGGAGGGACCUGUACCGGUCUACGUAAAUGUGCAUGAUUUUUUUUUGUCGGUACAAAACUCACAUUUCCGGGUGACUCCCCUUUCAAAGUGUUGUUAAUGGUUUGGUAUUUUAUGGGUGCGAUUGAAGUGUAGGGUGAGGACAAACUGCAAUGCCCAAGUCAGCGCUUUGCAGGUAUAAAUCCUCGGUUUCACACCCUUCCCUUCCUAACGGAGAACAUGUCACUGGAUUUUUAUUUGGCCCCACUGCUUGGGGGAGGGAGGGGGGAGGAUUGUGGAAUAAAUCAGUACAAGACUGAAGAUUGUAAUAUAAACGUGCCAACAAAUAAACACACCAGUAUUUCA